GGAAACGCGACUACUCUGAACAGCAGUGAGCAGUUGCUGAAGUGAGGACUCAUGCAUGCAUGUAACUAACUGCAAAGUCCGCAGUUGACAGGCUGUGACUGACACCAUCAGGAGUCCAGCAUGCUGCAGCCAAAGAUCCAGCCCAGUGAUGGACUGUCCUUCAGGACCUGCAGUGUUUUCAUUCUCAUGGUUCUUCAGUCUGUUGGAGAGCAGUCACAGUUAAUUUGUUCACAUCAACCAAUCGUGGCCCUGGCUGGUGAUGAUGUCAUUCUACCAUGUCACCUUGAACCUCCCAUGGAUGUCAGGUCAGAGCUGGUGGUGUGGACCAGAACUGAUUUAGACCCAGAGUACAUCCAUUUUCAUGAAGAUGGACGACAGGUGUACUGGAGUCAAAAUCCAUCUUUUAAGAAUCGCACCGCUCUGUUUGUGGAUGAACUGAAGAACGGAAACGCCUCCAUGAAAAUCUUCAAAGUGAAAAUUUCUGAUACAGGAAAAUAUUUGUGUAUCUUGAAUUCACUAAAGAAGGAUGCGUCCAUCCAACUCACUGUUGGUGUCGUCUCCAUGCCCGUCAUAGAGUUUGUCUCCAAUCAGAGCAGAGAGGUGGUUUUACAGUGUGAGGCUAAAGGCUGGUAUCCAGAGCCUGAGGUGUUCUGGCUGGACGCUGAGGGAAACCUCCUCUCUGCUGGACCUACAGAGACAGUCAGAGGUCCUGAUGACCUCUAUACUGUCAGCAGAAGAUUGACUGUGGAGAAGAGCGACAGCUUCACCUGUAGAGUCCAACAGAAGAACAUCAACCAGACCAGAGAGACACACAUCUAUGUUCCAGCUCAUUUCUUC